AUGGAGCCACUUAAGAAGGACCUCCAGUACAACAACUUCUGCAUCGCUGUCGACGAGGUUUUUCCUCCCCACAAUUCUGAAGAAGCAUUCGCGAAUAUCGUGCCACGUCUCGUGGAUUAUAAACCGAAGGCGGGCGUCGUAGUGCUCAUUACAACCGAGAAAACAAUCCCAGACUUUUUCGAGGAGGCGAGUGCAGCGAACCUGACUGGGAUAACCUGGAUCGCAUCUGAGACAUGGGCGACGACAAAAACCAUAGCUGAGCAGCACGUGCACGCUGCGCAGGGCUUCCUCGGUCUGACGCUGGAUGCACCAAAGCCUAUCCACUUCCAGUAG